CUUCAUCCUUUAUUUGGAAACAUAACUGCAGCGCCAUCAGCAAGCUUGCGAGCAAUUAUAGAAGUAAAAUAGUGGCACAAGUAUGCUUAGAUUUUCAUAGCUGAUAUGUUGUUAUGGUUGCCAUGCGUUGUUAUUUGUUUACGCGACACUUGGUAGGAUCGGAAAUUCCUGAAACAGAAUUCAAUGUCCAACGUUGUUUUAUGUCCAUCGUCGUAAAAGCAUAAUACUAGUUAUUUUAAAAUGAGUUCGCGAAGAUGCGCUGUUUCCGGUUGUGUAAAAGGAGCUGUAGGUGCGUCGACAAAAUCAUUUUUCAGAGUUUCUGGAAAACACAGAAAUUUCGACGUAUGGAAAUCUUUUUGUGAAAACGAUGCCGUCACUAAAAACAGUUUUAUUUGCUCUGACCAUUUCGUGGAUACGGACUUCAUUAAUAACCGAAAUUAUUCACAAGGGCUUAAGCCACACGCUGUGCCAAUUCGCAAAGGAGCGUUGAACUCAGCUGAAUCCUCCAAUGAUGUCUCAAUGGAUGAGGAGCAUGAUGAUUUCCGAGAAUGUGAGAUGGACGUUUGCGCAUUAGAAGAAGUCUACGAUUUCGAUUUGGACAAUGUUGCUGGUGAAAUCGUUGUCGAUGAUGAUAAGGAGACUUUCAAUUUCCCUUGCAAAAAGAGGAAAUUGCACGUCGAUACGAGUGCAGUGGAACAUGACCAUGAUUACUUUUUCAAUUGGUCGGAAUACAUGAAAAUGAAACAAAAAAUAAAUGAUCUGCAACAAGAGAACUCAAAAUUGAAACUAGAUCUGAGAAAGAAAGCGAGUUUGUUGAUUAAAAAGAAUAACAUUAUUCGGAGGCUGCGUGCAAAUUAUCGUCAACGGCCCACGACAUCUCAGGUCUCAGUAUUGCGGGAUCCAUUGCUGGUCGAACUUCAGAAAAAUAAAGAUAGGAAGCUUAAAGGGGCCAGAUACACAGAUAAAAUGAGGAACAUGGCAUUAGUUGUAAACUAUUGCUCUCCAAAAGCGUAUCGACAAAUGCGCACAUUCUUUCGCUUACCGUCAGUGAGCACAAUGAAGAAAUGGCUAUCGAAAAUAGAAAUUAAAGAUGGGUUCUCAGAAAAUAUUUUGAAAUUACUGAAAAUCAAAUCUGAAACACUACCGGAAGAUGAGAGAGUGGUCACACUGUUUUUAGACGAAAUGGCAAUAACUGAAAAGGUUUCAUAUGUCGCUAACGCCGAUCUCCCUGGCCAAUGCACACUACUGGCCAUGGUGGCGUGCUGCUCGAUACUGCUGCCUCCAGGCAGGAAGGGUAGGUAUAGUUCCAUCCGGAAUGGACCUCAGUCAAUUUUCCCAGUAAGAAAAUAUACACACAACAACAAGUGCGGUGUGCAAAAAAGGGGUAAAAGAAAACAACAGGACAAACCCCUGGAGGCGAGGUCCGGUGCGGAAGUGGCCGGCAGCAACCUGGGAACCAACUGUAUCGGAACGACCCAGUCCAGUAGUGGGCGAAAGAUUGGACGCCGGGGAAAGGAAACUUUUAAUUGA